AGGAAAGGAAAACAGUGGCAGUAGGAGGCAGGGAGAUAGAAAGGGCUGAAGUUGUUCGGCGUUUUCCUUUGUCGCCCUUUUCUAACGCUUACACGGCUCAUAGCUCCUCCACGAUAAGUAAAAUAAUCUUCUGUGCUUUCGUUAUACACCGAGAACGUCACUCGUCUGGCUAUUAUCUAUCAAAAAGUCUCCACCAGAUCCACAGCUGUCCAGACCUGUACAGCGGAAGGAUGAUGGAGGAGUCGGUGACCGCGUUUGAGACGCAUCUGACGGCCGUCAUGGACAGCCUGAUCCGCGCCUCGGUCUGCGAGAUCACCAAACUCUUCCAGGAGACGGUGAACGACUACCUGGUGGAGCUGUCCCUCAACAGGAAGGAGAACGAGGCUCUGAAGCUGCGUCUGAAGCUCACGGAGAGCAAGCUGAGGACCGAGCGCAGGUACGGGCUGGGCUGGGCUGCCAACCGCCGCAGCGCCGGGCUGGAUGAGGGAGCUGCAUGGAAGAAGAGGAAAGUUGACCUGGCUCGAGGCAAGUCGAAAAAGAGCCCAGCAGCCCAUCGCAAAGGCUGGCCUGGAGGUGUGUGGGAGGAAGGAGGAGGCGGCGGGGGAAGAGGAGGAGGCAGUGAAGGAGCUCUAGGCUUGGGAGCAGGAGGAAGAGGGGGGAAGGAGGCCAGAGAGGCCUACAUCAUCCAGUUCCCCCAGGAAGAAGAAGAAGAAGAAGAAGAGGGAGUGAUGGUAGAUGACGAGGACGGGGAGGGCAGCCUCAGUGGUGAGGGGGAGGAGACGGCCAACAUCAAAGAGGAGUUUUCUCAAACAGAGGGCUAUCAGCCUGCUUCUCUGCGGCUAAUCAAGGAGGCUUUGAAGCUGAAUCCACCCAUCCAGAACUUCCACAUCGGUUCCAACUCCCAGCGUGAUGACCUGUCAGAUUGUCCCCCAGUUCUUCAUCCAGGACAGAGAGGAGACAAGGACUGCAAAGUGGGUCGUACAGAAACGUCAGAUGAGGGUAUGGUGGUGGAUGAGCUACCAGGUCUGGAAUCUGCUCUAAAAGCUGAGAGAGGCUGUGAGCCGACGGUCAGGACAGCUUCACAUGAUUCGGAGGUAGGAAGAAAGAGCGAGGUCUGCGUGGCUCCAAAGUACAUUGGUCUGGAUGGAAUGGAGCAGGAGGGGGAGCUGGAUCAGCCUCCCACUCUGCAGAGGGAGGACGAGAUGAAGCAAGGCAGAGUGAAGGAUGGGGUGGCUGGAGUAGUGGAGCUAAGGUUAGGCUGGUCCCAGAAGCUGAGAGAGGAGGAUUCAGCCACAGUGAAGCCUGUAGAUGGCGCUGUGGAGCAGGCAGAGUCUGAGCACCUGCCCCACCUGUCAGCCCCUGGGAGUGUCGGGGAGAGCGGCGGAGAAGAGGAGGGGGGAGAAGACUUGCUCCACUUCUGCCCACAGUGUGGAGGAGGCUUCACUUCAGAUGCAGAGCUGGAUGAGCACCCCUGUCCACUAGGCGGUGCCCACUUACCAGGCAGCGAGUCAGAAGACGGCCUUUUCCCCUGCGCUCACUGCGGGAACACCUUCAGCCACCCCUGGGCUCUAAAGAACCACGAGUGUGCCUGCGCCGCCGAGCGGCCACACUGCUGCGAGAUCUGUGGUAAACGCUUCACGCACUCGCGCUCACUGGAGCGCCAUCAUCUGGUGCACACGGGGGAGAGGCCGCACCGCUGCCCGCAGUGCGGACGCUGCUUCAGCCGCCUCGGCAACCUAGAGCGGCACCAGCGGAUCCACACGGGGGAGCGUCCAUACGGCUGCGACGCAUGUGGGAAACGCUUCAGCCGCGUGGAGUACCUAAAGAGACACCAGCUCAUCCACAACACCGAGAAGGCAACGCUGCAGUGCUCCACCUGUGGGAGGGGCUUCUGUGACGUGGAGCAGCUGAAGAACCACCAGUGCUUUGAUAAUCCGUGCUAGAACUUCAGAGGGAACUGUCUGAUGCAGAAGUUACCUGAUGAAUGUGGCUCGUGAACUGUGUUACCCUCAGUGAGUGUCUUUAAGGUCAACGAAGCUCAGACGUGGAUGAUUUUUGCAGGCAAGAAUUAAUCUGUAAAUUACCUUUAUAGGAAGCGAGUUAAAAAUCUCUUAUUUCUUUGUGAAGAUGUUUAAAGCCUGAACUUAUUUAUGAUGAAGACUACAUUGUGAAUUUAUGAUUUUAGCAACAAUAUCUUGCAUUCAAGCUUUUUUCUGACAGUACAGUUG